AUGAAGCAACCGGCGAUGGAGGAAACCAAACCAAAACAAAACCAAACCGGAAGAAAGCAGAAAACGAAGAAAUUCCCAACCGCAACAGAGCUAAUCUCUCACUACCAAGAACAAGGCCUAGAACCAGCGGAAGCCUCUGUUAAAGUCAUCGAAGACUUACAAAACGCACUCGUCCGUAUCGUUUCGUCUUCCAAGAAUAACAGUAAGGACAAGCUUUUAACCGACGCGAGAAAAAUCGACGCCAUUAACGGAAGGCUUGCCGUCGUGGACGCUAAGUUGGAGACGAAGCCUGGAUACGUUGUGACUUUUGUAUUAGGUUUAGCUUCUGGUGCAGCACUUAACGGGAUUAACGCCGUCUUGCCCCACGUUACCAGAGGCAUUGGUCAGGUUUGGUCCGCUGUUACGAGUGGGACAGAUCCGUAA